UCAAAGAGAGACAGACCUUCAAGCUUGCUGAACGUGGCAGAUCAACAUCCACAACAGACAAUGCCAGUGAAUGACAGCAGCACAAACCAGACUUGCGAUGUCUUCAUCUACAAGGAGUCUACUCGGAUUAUCUUUCCCAUUUUCUAUUGCCUGGUUUUUGUCAUCAGCGUGGCAGGUAACAGUCUGGUCCUCUUCAUCACCUGUCAGAAGAAGCAGAAGAUGAACUCCACCACGAUAUAUCUGAUCAACCUGGCCAUCUCCGACACCCUCUUCACCCUGGCUCUUCCCGGCAGGAUCACCUACUACAUCCGAGGCUUCGACUGGCCCUUUGGAGAUUUCUUGUGCCGGCUGACUGCCAUGAUCUUCUACUGCAACACCUAUGCUAGCAUUGCCUUCAUGACCUGCAUCAGCGUAGAUCGCUAUUUGGCCAUGCUGCACCGUCAGAGGUGUCAAAGACUGAGGAAAACCAAAGUCGUCCGAGGUGUCUGCAUUCUGGUAUGGGUGGUGGUGCUUCUCGAGACUUGUCCUCUGCUCCUCAAGAGCACCCUGGAAGACAGAACCACUCAUCGAACGUGCAUGGAGUUCUCUAAUUUUGAUAGCCGCAAUAUGGCAUAUGGUCUUUUGUUAGGUUGCCUCUUUGGGUUUUGCUUGCCUUUGGGGCUCAUCCUGGGCUGCUACAGUCGGGUCAGCUGCAAGCUCUACAGGACGGCCAAGGAAAACCCGGUGACCAACAAGUCUGGCAGCAACAGCAGAGCCAAAAAUAUGAUCCUGCUCAUUCUGCUGAGCUUCGUAGUGUGUUUCAGUCCCUACCACAUCACUGUCAUGCAGUUUACAGUGAGAAGGCUGUACAACGUGCCUUCCUGUGAGGAGUUAAAGACUCUGAAAAUGUUCCUGCAGGUAACCGUUGCAAUGAUGAACUUUAACAGCUGCAUUGACCCUAUUAUUUACUUUUUUGCCAUCAAAACGUAUAAAAAUAGAGUCUUGAGUCUUUUCAAGAGCUACAUUUCCAUUUCGGCAUCCUCCAGGAGCAUGCAGGAGAACAGCAGCAGUAACACAUGAGGGACAAUAUAUUUUACAAAGAAAAAUCUGAUAGUGCAAACUGCAGAGGAAAUGUCUGUUCACACGUGUGAAAAUGCGGUUGGAUAGCUGUAGAGUGCAGAGUUUCAUACCUUAUAUUUCUGAGCAAAUGGCAUACCAUUUCCCAUCACUGAUGGUUUUUGAAUCUAUCUUUUUGUUUUGGGAUUUUUGUGUAAACCACAUUUUGUGUGAAUUUACAUUAUCUAACAUAAUACGACCACUUGACAUUUUGUUGCCAUUUAGCUUUUCUGUGGUCAUUAUGAAUUUGAAUAUGAAUCUAACAUGUGCAUUUGUCAUUCAUAUGCAUUUUUAACUAAACAAUGUUCACUUGUUUGUGUAAUAUAUUUCUUUAAAUAAUCAACAUGCUGUUGGAUUCUUUUUUACUUAGUCAUAUAGGCCUGCCAUUAAGGUCUAUUGAAAUUCAGAGACAAAAUUUGUCAUCAUUUACUCACCCUCUUGUUCCAAACUCAUGAGAAAAUUGUUCAUCUUCACAACACAAACAAAGAUAUCCAAGAAAAUUUAAAUUCAAAUUCAAAUGAAUCAAGCGAUUUAAUCCAAGUCUUCUUGGAAUGACACGAGGGUGACUAAAUGAUAACAGAACUUUCAUUUUAGAGUGAACUAGCCCUUUAGGAAUAAUUAAUUAAUUGGAAAAGUCCCACAUAAAGGUCAAGGAGGCUAGAAGACUAUUCUGAGUAAGAACGAAUGAUUAUGUAGGUGUAUGUUAAUACCUAUUGACAUUUCUGUAAGCUGCUGUGUAAAUAUUGUGUUUUGCUUUAAAGAUGCUCACAAUGUGCAUGUAAACAUUUUGAGCGACCCCUAUAACAGCAUUUUCCAUUUGGGAAUUUAAAGCUUAUGUAAGCUGUGCUAUUUUUGAAUAUCAA